UGGUAUCGGGACCCUGCAUCAGAACUGAGUUCUUUCUCUCCACAGUCGCUGCUCGGCUGGGUGAGCAGCUUGUUUGCUGCUCCGAGUUCCAACUUUUGUCGUUUUCUGGGAAGUGGUAUAAAGAAACUGGAUGCACAAGGGCACAUCAGCCUGCAGAUGAUGGGACUUGGAGCCAACAAACUGCUGCCUAGGUCGGGCAGCGUCUGUGAAGGGAAAUGGACAGUCGAAAUUUUGGGUCGAAGUUCAUCAGAAAUGGAUCGGAACCCAUAAACAUAAGAUAUUCUGCAGAUGCUGGAAAUCCAGAGUAAGACACAAAAUGCCGGAUGAAGGCUCUCGGCCCGAAAAGUCGGCUCUUAAUUCCUUCCCUUCGCUUGACUUGCUGAGUUCCUCCAGCACUUUGUGUGGAUCGGACCCAUGGUCAACAGAAACCGGGUCUGCUUAAUUCAUCAGUGUCCUGUCCUGGACCAGAAAUAGUUCGCAAAACAUGCCAAAAAUUGAUGUUAUUUUCUCGCCACUUAGGAAAUAAAACAAUUGGGAUGUGCAGACACAAUCGGUACCUUGAGAAAUAAACACUGCCGUUGUAGUAUCGGAUUAUAGCAGCCGUGAAUCUGUCAUGACCAUCAAAAGCCACGUCUGUUCCCUGGGGUGUGAACUUUGGCUCCAGAAUUCUGAGCAGCUCAUGCUCCGAAAAAUACGGUAAGCGAAGGAUUCCACUUGCGCUUCCUCAGAGCCGCUCCAUUGCUCAGAGAGGAGGCUAAAAAAUGGGUUGGUUGCUGAACAAGUUCAACAAGACUGGAGCGCUGAUCACCUGCCAGGGGCACAAACCUCCACUUCACCGACUUGGUUGUGGAAUGCGGAUAGUAAUAUGCAUUUAUAAGCCAGGUGCCUCAUCAAUGCACUCCUGACAACGCAAGGCUCGACGUCUGUGAAAGAGACACCAAGCGAAAGGCUAUCUUGGAUUUUUGGCUUUGCCUCUGUCUGGCACCAAGAGCGGGACUGCCGAGAGAGUUGGGAGCGGCGGGAGGGGAGGCUGCCUGAGCAGCAUGUCGGAAGAGGCAGUGUCCGAAUGCCCCGUUUGUUAUGAGAAGUUGACCCGCCAGACCCAGUCGCCACGGACCCUGACGUGCAAACAUGUCUUCUGCCACGACUGCCUGGUCAAGACGAUUAUCAGCCAGGAGGGGCAGCCCAAGAAGGUGGUGUGCCCCGUUUGCCGGCAUGUCACCUUCCUGCACAGACGGAGCAUAGCAUGGAUCAUCAUGAGCAAAGAGGGCAAGCAGACGCUGGAGAUCCCGAUGUCGCCCACCCCCUCGGAGCCGGAGAGCCUGCCGCCGGAAUCUCCUGGGACGAUACCCCCGCACCAGCCCUCGCUCCUGCGCCGUUUGUUCUGCUCCUGCCCGCGGACUUUAUCCCCGUCUCGGAAUCCAGCACUGCACACCAGCCGGAUUUUUGUGAUCAGCGGCCGGGGCAGGCCGAUGAGCGAGGAGGAGGUGCGGGCUCCCGGCGCGCCGGUGGUCUUGGAGCCCCGGCGCUGUAGAUUGCGCUGGGUGCUGGUGCUGCUCUGCUUCAUCAUCAUCGGGGCCGUGAUCGCUGCCAUCCUGCCCUGGGUCACCUCCUUCAAGUGACUGACGCCCAGCACUUCGGCGGCUGCGGUGGCAUGUACUGUACUUGUAAACUUCCUUUCACCAGACGCAACAAAAAAAAGAGGAUUUAUGUGGAGAUGUACUCACCUGUUCUAUCUUUGCUCUACUUUAUAAAGAAAUAACUUCUUCAGCAACUCUUUGAGAAGCACGGGCCGAUUACAGGAAAUACAAAUUGCACUUGUACAGGGCUUUUACAAAGCAAUAUUUUUUUCAACUGUAAAUAUUAAAAUUGUGGGUAUUUGCUUACUCUUCAAAAGGGUAAAACUAAUUUUAUUGACAAUUUGUUCUAACUAUAAAUAUCUUGCGUAGCUGUUAUAAACGGGUGAGUUGUACCGAGUUGAUUUAAGAAUUCAUAUUUAACAUUGGUAAAUGAAUCAAAACCUCACUCUUAAAUUCUGAGCAUUUGUUACACUUGAAUAUACUAGUUUUUUGCACAAAUAUAAAAUAUCCCACUGUCUACAAUAUGCGUAGCACACGCCGUAAUAAACGUUUUUAACAUUAACUUUAUGCUGUUGUACAGCGGUGUUAGCUCGGCAAAUUCAUUAAUUAUUUCAGGAUUUCACUGGCUAUGGGCGACGUUACUACCGAGAUAUUUUCAAAUGUAGUGCCUCUGGACUAGAGUUCAAAGACAUGUUCUAAUCACUGCAAUGCUAAGGAGAGAAGCUGGGAUUUGUCAGGCUUCCCUGGUUUUCUACCUGGUUCCGCUAAACCUCUCUCAAUACUGUCUGUGCGAUGACGCUUUCCGCAUGGCGCAUUCAUUCUAUUUCAGAAUUAUUCGACAUUUGAGAGAGGAGACAAAGAGGCAUAAUGCAAAUUUAAAUGCACGUACUGUAUAAUACAACUUGUUCCCGGGUCGCCAAAGCCCGACUUUAGGGGACUCCAUUCAAAUGAACGCGCUCCCAUAAUAUAUACGAAAGAGAUUUUGCAAAUGCUGGAAAUUUUAUACUGUGCUGGGGAAAUUCAGCAGGCCAGGCAGCGUCUAAGGAGAGGAAAAAAUAGUGGACGUUUCGGGCCGUAGUCCUUCAUCAGGACUGUUUAUGUCGCCCCCGGAAUAUUAUUGAAUUCAACAGUCCAACGUAGUUUCCAACUUGUGGCAGAGCUGGUUCCUGCCCCCAGCACUCCCCUUCACUUGUAGUAAUUGCUCUUUCAAUUCAUUUUUCUGUGCGCUUGAUGCCAUUCACUGCAACAUUGUGGUUACUAUAUCAAGUGAUUUUUGUGUAUUUUACGGACAAAAUUGAUUAUGGAUGUCAGAGAAAACAACACCCUGGAGACUGCUGGUAAAAAAAGAUGCAAAACGCGCCAAGCAUUGUUGCACUAGUUGAAAAUUCCGAUGUCAAUUAAAAGGAAUAUUUUUGUUCCAUAAAUCCGGGUGGCCUUAGUGUUUUGUUAAAUAAAUGGAUGUCGCAUGCCUGUCGAGGCCAAACCCAUCCUUGGUCCUUCACCAUGAAGCCGGUGAUAAUCUAUCGUGUGGACUUGCUGUAUGGCAUGCU